CGGUAGAUGGGCGGGCAAGGCCCAGAGUGCAGUUCGGUGGGAGGAGGCGGAGAGAAGUGGUGGUGGAGUCGGAGCUGAGGAGGCCACGCUGAGGCUUGGAGGACGCAAGGAUUAGUGUCACAGACACAUAACACCCGGAAUGGCUGAGCCACCGGGACCCAGCCGCUCCCCUCAGCAGCUGGAGACAGAGUUGCACUUCUUAAUUGCUCGUUUCCUUUCAAAUGGGCCCUACCACAAAACUGCAGAGGUGCUGAUACGGCAAAUGAAUGAAUCUAAGGCGUUUCCCAAACGUUUGGAUUGGCUGGGAAAUGAACAUGGCCGAAGCUUUGAAGAGAUGGUUUCAGCGAACAAUCACGUGUCUUCUGACCAUUUACUUAAAAUCUGUCAGCAUCUCGGCUCUCUACUUGACAACAUUACUCCAUGUAAUGUUCAAACAGGAUCUCUAUUAGGUGCUGGGAAACAGUCUCUUCUAAGGACAGAGAAAGGAUGCAAGAAUGUCCAGUGGAAUAGGCAGAUGCUUGCGGCUCUGCACAGAGGCAGACCCCCUGAAAUGCCUAUUAACAUCAGGUUUCCCCCAAACGCUGCGGUGGUGCAUUAUGGGAAACGUUUGACUGGCACCCUCAGCAUUACAUCAGGUUUUCCUGUGCAGCUUUAUCAACAUAUGAAGAUGCACAGGCGGAUUCUCGGUCACCGCUCUUCCGUUUACUGUGUGGCGUUUGACCGAACGGGUCACAGAAUAUUUACCGGUGCCGAUGAUGGCUUGGUGAAGAUUUGGUCGACACACGAUGGCCGUUUGAUUGCCACUUUACGAGGCCAUUCAGCAGAGGUCUCAGAACUCACUGUGAACUAUGAAAACACUCUGAUUGCUGCUGCGAGCUGUGAAAAAAUUAUACGUGUGUGGUCUCUCCGAACCUGUGCGCCAGUUGCUGUGCUCCAGGGCCACUCUAUCUCCGUUACCUCAUUGCUGUUCAGUCCCCUGGUCGAUGGUUCCAUGAGGUACCUGAUCUCUACUGGAGGCGAUGCAACAGUCUGCUGCUGGGAAUGGGACGUGGACACCUUACAGUUUAAAGAUCAGCCCAUAAAGUUUACUGAAAAAUCUGGACCGGGAGCGCAAAUGCUUUGCUGUUCCUGUAGCGCAGGGGGAAUGUACCUGGCAACAGGGGGCAGUGAUCGUGCCAUUAGAAUCUAUUUUUUUGGCUGUGAAACACCCAAGAAGCUAAUACAACUUGAAGGCCACAAUGAUAUAAUUGACAGUGUCCAGUUUGCAAACAGUGGAGAAAGGUUUGUAAGUGGAAGCAAUGACGGAACAGCUCGAAUCUGGUAUUUACAUGAGCAGAACUGGAAAAGCAUUAGGCUUGACAUGAGAGAGGGUGAUAAAGACAGUGAGGAGGAAGAGCAGCUCACGAGACCGAAGGUAUUGAUGAUUACUUGGGAUCUCACUGAUGCCACUGUUGUUACUGCAAGCAAUCUCCGUUCUCUCAAGGUGUGGGAGUCCCGUACUGGGAAACUGCUUCGGGUUUUGUCUGGACAUCAAAAUGACAUAUAUGUUUUAGAGCCUCAUCCCUUUGAUUCCAGAGUGAUGAUCUCCGCAGGAUAUGAUGGGAAAAUCAUUAUUUGGGAUGUUAACAAGGGAGAUCAAAUAAAGUGCUACUGUAAUACGAUCGAACACGAGGGACACGGUGCCAUUUUGGACUGCAAAUUGUCUGUAGAUGGUCAACACAUAGCAAGCACAGAUUCCCACGGCCACUUGCUCAUUUUUGGAUUUGGUUGCAGUAAGCCUUAUGAAAAGAUUCCAGAUGAAAUGUUUUUCCAUACGGACUAUAGGCCUCUGUGUAUUGAUGGAAAUCAUUAUGUGUUGGACGAGCAAACCCAGCUGGCACCUCAUCUUAUGCCCCCUGCGUUCUUGGUGGAUAGUGAUGGGAAUCCCCACGAACCAAAGUUUCAGCGCCUGGUGCCAGGAAGAGAGAAUUUUGAAGAUGAGCACUUAAUUCCUCAGCUGGGAUAUAUGGAAACUAGUGAUGGAGAAAUAGUAGAACAAGUAAUUGGGCAGCAAGCAAGCGAUGAUCUGCAGAAUGCCGAGCCCAGUUCUCAGGAAGGAAUGAGACCACCUCAAAUAGCAGAUGGGCAAAGAAGAGAUGCCAGCUCUUCUCCGAGUACUGGUUCUUCCCGCAAUGGGCAGGCUCAAGGUGUUCGCCAAUCACAAAGCAGUUCCCCUCAAAGUCAGACCUCCGCCGAUCGUGACUAUCUAGCAUGGAGACGCAGAGUAGUUGUCCCAGAGCUUGAACGUAAUGUAUACAGGCAACAAGAAGCUUCCAGACUUGAGAGAGGACGGGAAGAGAAAGCAUACUUUGCAAAACAGAUUUUACAGCCGAGUGUUCAGGAGACUCAUUUACCAACUGAAAGGCAGAAUGCAAGAAGCAUCAAGAGACCAAAGUGUCGCAGUCCAUCACCCCGGCCUGAUGUGGAACAAUUUCUUGACCUCUCGUGCGAAGAAGGGGAAGAAACGGAGUCUAGAGGAUCAGAGGAAGAGAUCAGCACUGUGGAUGAUACAUCAAGUACUGCCUCUACUGACAAAGAAGAAGAGUGGAGAAGUGAAGAGUCAAGUGAGUACUCCGACUGGACUGUUGAUGCUGGGAUUAACCUGCAACCACCUAGCCGCAUAUCCACCCGUCGCCGGGUAAAGACCAUAAUGACCAGUUCUGAGGAGGAGAGCUCUGCUGAGGAGAGAUUGUCUACUCCAAAGAAGAGGAGACCGAAACAGAGACAUUCAGAUUCGGAGAUGCAAAGUCCAGGAAGGCCAUUGUCGGACAGGGAAAAUCCAACUGAUUUUCACCCCCCUCUUUGGAUAACAGACACAUUACCCAGAAGAUCCCCGUUUGUUCCUCAGAUGGGGGAUGAUGUCAUUUAUUUUCGACAGGGCCACGAAGCUUACAUCAACGUAGUCAGAAGAAAUAACCUCAGCAUUCUAAAAAAGCUGAAAGAACCAUGGAAGCACGUAAUUCUACGGGACCAGGAGCUGGUGAAGAUCGUCGGUAUCCGCUACGAAGUUGGUCCUCCCUCUUUAUGUUGCCUAAAACUUGCCUUAAUUGACCACGUUACUGGGAAGUUCAUAGAUCAAUCAUUUUCCCUCAAGUAUCAUGAUAUGCCCGAUGUCAUUGACUUCCUCGUGUUAAAGCAGUUCUACGAUCAGUCUUGUCAAACAAACUGGCAUCCUGGUGACAGGUUCCGCUCUAUUAUAGAUGAUGCUUGGUGGUUUGGAACAGUUAUGGAUCAAGAGCCAUACCAGUCUGAUUACCCGGACAGCCUGUUUCAGUGCUACACUGUAAAGUGGGACAACACAGAAGUAGAAAGGCUAAGUCCUUGGGAUAUGGAAAUCAUUCCAGCAUAUGUGAGUCCGCCUUCAGAACUUGGAACCAGUAUUUCCCUAAACUCCGAUGAGCUGGAAGAGUUGCUGUAUGUUCCUCAAAAGGGAGAAUGGGGUAAUGGCGAUCGAGACUCUGAAUGUGAACGUGUUAUUUGCGGCAUCGACCAGAUCCUUCAAAUGGAAUUUGCCAGUCAAUUUGCUGCUCCUGUUGACUUGACUACAUACCCAAUAUAUAGUUCGGUGGUUUCCUAUCCAACAGAUCUAAGCACAAUAAGGAUGAGGCUGGUGAACAGAUUUUACAGGAGAUUGUCUGCCCUCAUCUGGGAAGUGCGAUAUAUUGAGCUUAAUGCCCGGGCCUUCAAUGAACCCGACAGCUCAAUAGCUAAAUCUGCAAAGAUCAUCACAGACUUACUGUUACGCUUCAUAAUGGACAGCCGCUGCACAAAUAUCUCUGACCUGUGCAAUGCUGCAGAGGGAGAUGAGGAGGAGGAGGAAUCAGCUGACGAACAGAAGCAAAAGAGGAAAGACAAAAUGGCUAAAUCUAAAGAGGAUGCUUGGAGGAUGCAAUGUAUGGAAUUGGCCAACUCUGUUCUAGAGAAUGAGGAUUCGGAGCCUUUUAGGGAACCUGUUGAUUUAUAUGAAUAUCCAGACUAUCUGGAUAUUAUUGAAACCCCUAGGGAUUUUGGAACAAUAACAGAAUGUUUGGCCUUAGGAGGAUACAACAACCCCUUUGAGCUACGUAAAGAUAUGAGAUUAGUGUUCUCUAAUGCAAAACGCUACACACCAGAUAGAAGAUCCAAGAUCCAUAGUAUGGUGCUGCGACUUUCUGAAUUUGUGGAGUCAAGAAUGGACGCCAUUAUCUCUGAGUAUAAAGCUGCCUACAGCUGCAAGCAAGCAGAAAAUGACUUGAACUAUUUGAAGAGCACGUCAAGAAACGUGAAACAAAGGCGGUUAAUAUCGGAGUCAGAGAACGAGUCUGGCCAGGAGCCGUGUUCAUCCCGAUCUACCUCAAGUGAAGUGUUUUCAAACAAUAGCCGGGACAGUAUUGCCAGCACCUCUGGCGCUUCCUCAUAUAGAGAUGUAUUGGGCAAACCCACUGCCUCAGCUGCUAAAAGUGCCCCAGUCAUAGCUACUAGCUCCUCAUCGAGCUCCUCUGCUUCAUCAGGAAGCGAAACCGAUUCCUCAUCAUCUACCUCUGAUUCAGAACAUUCCUCUGGUUCUGAGAAAGCGGAAAGCAAUAAAAAGUCAGUGUCGAAUUCCCACGCCGGCAAAGUCAGUGUGUUUGUAAAAUCAGUGGAUCCAGCUAAGAGGAAUGGGAGAACAACAACUACAAAGCAAGAAUCUCAGGGUAAUCGGCAACAGAACAUGACUUCGAGUAAAAGACGACAUAACAGUGAUUCAGAGGAAUCUGUGCCUAAAGACAAAGCAUACAGUACAUCCAGAACGCAGAAGAAAAUGCUACGCAAGUGCGCCGCCCUUGCUGCUAAUAAAAUAAAGUGUAUGAGUGAUACUGAAGGCAGCAUGCCCUCUUCAGACAGCGACUGCAGGGAAGGAAAGGGCAGUAGGACAUUACCCCGAAGGGCAGCUGCUACGGAAGCCAAAAAACAUCUUAUGGAUGGCUCUGGGGAAGAGAACACUUUAAAAAGUGACAACGAUCGACAGCCUAGAAUGGAGCAAAGUGCAAGCAAUGUGAGUGCAUUGUGUGCUUCCAAAGCGGUCAGUAGAAGAAGUGAUUCUAGUGGCUCAGAGAGUAGAUCAAAAUCUCCUUCUUCCGGUGAGUCCUCAAUAAGUGAUGAAAUUGAGGAUGACCAUCCUGUGAAUGGCGAAAAUUCUGACCAAGAAAUGAGUGAGCCUUCUAUAGCAGACACUCCUUAUAAGCACUCGGCCACAUCGUGGCUUGUUAGUGAAUCGGACUCGGAAAUCUCCUCUACGGAAGAUACCCGUCAGGUAACAAAACAGAAACACUAUGUGCCUAAAACGAAGAUAGCAGCUGAAAGAAACUCAUCUUCGAAAAACACAAACAAAGAAACAACGAAAAAAGACCUCACGAACUGUCGGAAAAACAGGAAAAAAUAUACCGAUAAAGCCAACGAGUGGGUUUCUGAUUCCACCGAUUCAGACUCCGAGGCUGGCGUUAUAAAGAGGAAAGUACGCAAAAAGGUUGUGUUUUCUCUAACCUCACCGGCUCGAAAGACAAAAGUAACGAGUGACUCAGAAGACACUCUCGAUUCGGAGGAUUAUGGCAAGUUCUCUGGUUCUGAUGAAGAGAUUCCUCAGUCUAAAUCUAUUAAGAGCACAGAGUCGUCUUCAGAGUCCAGCUCUUCUUCCUCAGACUCCGGGUCGUCUCUUUCAGACGCCAGCAGCCAUCACGAGCGUAAAGUAAAUGGAAAAACUGUAGCUUUAAAACCCAGGGAACCCGAGGGCAAGAGGAAGCGAACAAAAAGCAGCUGUGAUGAUGACUGGGAAGAGCUGAACUAUAGGCAACGCAAGAAACUAACUCGCCGGGCGAAGAUACCAACGAGGAAUCGAGGAAAGAGAACUGUGAGAUACGACGAUGUGGACAGUGAGGAAACGGUCAGUCGAACGAAGUCCACCAAUAGGAGGCUGCGGAAAAUCUCCGCCAGGGCCAGUGCCAGGCAGUUCUUCCUUUAAACUGUAAGAUGAAAUCCUAAUGGAAACUCUUGACAGCUAUUGACUUUUUUAUCCGUUCAGAAAUUCAGGGAUGAUAUUUAUAUUUUUCUAUGAAAAAAAAAAAUCUAUAAAUAUAAGUUUAAAACUGAAUUUAUGUUGAUUUGCACUUCUCUUCAUUAGCAUUUAUGGAUUGUGGUUCUCAACGGUGGCUACGUGCCGGCCAGCUAUUUUCACAUUAAGCAUUCAUUGUUUCACUAGUGAAAUGAAACGAUGAUCGUUGAUUUAUUACCCAGACUUUUAAUUCUGUCCUAUAGUUAUCCAAGUUUAACAAAAAAAAGUAUUAUAUUCGUUAGCGUCUGUUACCACGGUGAUUUCAUUAGGAAUAACCACAGCAGAGGGUUAUUGUAGCCGGAUUAGUGCUGGGACCUCAGUCCGUCAAUUUGGACAAGUUGUUCAGGCUCCAUUUUGUUUCUGGUAGUCUGUAGCAAUUACUGGGCAGUGCUCUCCAAUUACGUUGUCUGAGCAAACUGUCCGAGAACCUGAAACUACAGCAACAAACGCGACCGUUUUACUGCAGACAACAAUGGCGAUGUCAAGGGGUCGGUUCACUUGACCGUAGGAGACUUAUGGAAAGCAUUUACUUAUAAUUCGUGCACUUUUUUUUUCUUUUAUAGAACUUGGGCAACUAUAUGAUUGGCUUAAAUGGGAUAACGUCACGCUCACCCGUCCUUUGUUAUUAACCGAGUCUGGCUUGUAUGUAGUCACGAGGUGUGGCGUUGAGAACACUUUAGGCUAUUGCACCUAUGCCAAUUUGUGCCUCAAAACGGGGCAGCCAAUAUCAGUUUUGUAUUUAAAAAAGAAAGGGGGUGGGGUUUAACUGCUAACUUAACAGGGAGGGCUGCGUUGAAAUCUACUGUCGAGUUGGAGUGCUCGGGAGAUUCGCUUCUGAACGAUAAUUUGCACAUUUGUCCUUUUUUAAGUUUACAAAAUUCUGUAGCCAUAACAGUUUUUGUAACCUUCAUGUCAAAAGUUUUGUUUUUGUUGUUUUUUGGUUUCAAAACAAGCAGCUUUACUGCUUUUUAUUUAAAAUGUGGA